CCAAAAAAGGGAAAUGAUGAAUACAAUGAAUCAGAACCCUCAAAGUGACUCACCAAGUAUCAUAAACACUCUAGACCCCGAAGAAUUCAAGAGGCAAGGCUACAUGAUGAUUGAUUUUCUAGCUGAUUAUAUCAGAAAUGUUAACAAUUAUCCAGUUUUAAGUAGAGUAGAACCUGGUUAUCUUAGAAAAAAAUUACCAGCUUCUGCUCCAUCUAGUGCUGAACCAAUUGAAUCCAUACUUAAAGAUGUGCAAGAGCAUAUCAUCCCUGGCAUCACACAUUGGCUAAGUCCUAAUUAUUAUGGCUACUUCCCUAGUAGUGGUAGCAUAGCAGGGUUCAUAGGUGAGAUGCUAAGCACUGGAUUCAAUGUGGUUGGAUUCAAUUGGUUGUCAUCACCAGCUGCAACUGAGCUUGAAACUAUUGUCAUGGAUUGGCUUGGACAAGUCUUAAUGCUCCCCAAAACGUUUCUUUUCUCUAGUAGUGGUGGAGGGGUUAUAUUAGGGACUACUUGUGAGGCCAUUUUGUGCACUUUAGUGGCUGCAAGAGAGAAAAAGCUUUGUCAAGUUGGGAGGGAAAACAUUGGAAAACUUGUUGUGUAUGGCUCUGAUCAAACACACAGUGCACUUCAAAAAGCGGCUCAAAUUGCUGGCAUCCAUCCAAGAAAUUUCAGAGCCAUCAAAACCAAGAGGUCAAAUUGUUUUGCUCUGUCUCCUGAUUCUCUUCUCUCCACCGUUCUUUUGGAUGUGGAAAAAGGGUUGAUUCCUUGUUUCCUAUGUGCCACUGUUGGCACAACUGCAAUAGCAGCCAUUGAUCCUAUAGGGUCAUUGUGUAAUGUGGCAAAGGACUAUGGAAUUUGGGUCCAUGUUGAUGCUGCUUAUGCUGGUUCAGUUUGUAUUUGCCCUGAGUUUAGAUAUUGCAUUAAUGGGGUUGAAGAGGCAAACUCUUUUAGCCUCAAUGCUCAUAAAUGGUUUUUGACUAAUUUAGCAUGUUGUUGCCUUUGGGUGAAAGAUCACACUGCCCUUACAAAAUCCUUGUCAGCAAAUCCUCAAUUUUUGAGGAACAAAGCUUCUGAAUCAAAGCAAGUUAUUGAUUACAAGGAUUGGCAGAUACCCUUGAGUAGGAAAUUUAAUUCCCUUAAAUUAUGGCUUGUUCUUAGAAGCUAUGGUGUUAACAACCUUAGGAACUUUUUGAGAAAUCAUGUGCAGAUGGCCAAAACCUUUGAAAGGCUUGUGAGGUUGGAUAAGAGGUUUGAGAUUUUUGUGCCAAGAAAAUUCUCUUUGGUUUGCUUUAGGAUUUCACCAUCAGCAAUUGCUAAUGGAGUGUCCAAUGCUACUGAAGCUUGCUAUAAUGGGAAACUAAUGAAUGAUCAACAUUGGGUUAAUGCUGUUAAUCUUAAAUUGCUUGAUUCAAUUAAUAGUUCUGGCAAAGCAUACAUGACCCAUGGUGAAGUUGAGGGGGCUUUUGUGAUUAGAUGUGCUAUUGGUGCAACCUUAACAGAGGAACACCAUGUGAUUAUGGCAUGGAAGUUGGUGCAGGAGCAUGCAAAUUCCCUGUUUGGUAGCUUCUAUAAUUAAUUGUACUUCCACAUAGUUUAUCUUAUCUCCUAUUACAAAUUUAAUUUAAUUUAAUAACACAGUGCUACUUGGCAUGAAAGCA